GCACCGGGGAUCCUCAUUCUCGCUCCUCAACCUCUCUCUCUCUGUCUCCUUGUGCUCUCUAUUCUCCCCUCACUCCUGCAUCCUCAGUCUCACAGGAUAAGAAAGACAGUCCACGUCAUGCAGAGGUUUUGGUUUAUCCUGGCCCUCUGGCUGGUCAUCUCAGAGUUUCAGCUGGAGGCUAAUGCUCAUAAACCUGUUCUUGGAGUAAAACUCUGUGGGAGAGAAUUUAUCCGGGCAGUCAUUUUCACCUGCGGAGGCUCCAGGUGGAAAAGGACAGGAAGAAAUCCAGCAGAUAUCUCUGAGAACCCUGACUACCUGGAGAAGACGAUAAAAGACACCAAUUUUGAUGGCUGGCCUCUUUCAGAAGAUGUCACCAUCUAUGAGCCAGAGAGUUGGAGAGUGCUGGUACGACUUGGGGGAGACAGCCGAAGCAGGAGAAGCGUUUCUGAUGAUGUCUUAGAGGCUUUGCGAAGCACCAACAGGAAGGGGAGGGAUGUGGUGGCAGGUCUGUCCAGUGCUUGUUGUAAAUGGGGUUGCACCAAAAGUGAGAUCAGCUCACUCUGUUAGAGUACACCUCUACAUCAUCCACAACCUCCUGUACACCUCAACAUACAACAGAAGCCUGAGGACUGGGGUGAAAUGCGCAAAUAGCUCUCUUGCCAAGAUCUCAAGCCUCAGAGGCCACAAAAGCACAGUACAAAUAUCUGUGCAUGAUACAGGAACAGUGAUCAAAAUUGAAACCAGCAAUUUGCACAAUGCUGACUUGUUGACAG